AUGUCUACUACGGGAAUCAGCCAAGAUUUCUUGGAGUCUAUCCUGGAUGGUUCCUUUGACGCGGGUUUUCUAGUCGAUGGAUUGACAGGGUGUGUUGUAUACGCGAAUAAGCCUUCGGUGGAUCUGUUUAAUGCUCCCUCAGAGGAUUCUCUGAUGAAGGACGAUGGUGCCAAGAGGACCAUUGAAACUUUGGUAUCGUUUUGGUCUUAUUCCUUGGACCAAAACAAGACAGAUGACGACGAUAGUGUCAACCCGAGCGUACGAGCCGUUGACAAUUCCACAGAUGUAACGCCUUGGGAUCAGGUUGUCAAACACGCAUCUCAAUCUCUUGCUGUUGCCAAUUCUGGCGACAAAGAACCCCUCUUGGAGUGGAGUGUUACAGGCAAAAGGGCCGCUGCUACAGGGACGCGUGCAGCCAAGGCUGGAUCACCGGACAAAAAAGUUCAGGCUUUUGCUCCUACCAAAAAGGAGUCAUUCCCUGGAGCCGUCAAGCUAACUCCGACGCCCGGAAGCAAUCUAUGGCUUCUAGUCAUCCGCCAUGCAGAUCAUCAUGAUAUCAUCCGCUAUGGGUCUCUUUCAGCAACUGGAGAGUCUAGCAUUAGUCGAAUUAAGCGCUCUCGACAAAAGAGUGUGAAAGGAUCUAACAAAGAACCGCGCAUGACAAUCGAUGAGAAUGGGAUCAUCGUGGGUAUUAAUGAUGCUGCCCUGGCGGCAAAGGCCGAAAGCUUGAAAUGGGUCACCACAGAUCUGAUUGGAAAACAUGUUUCAGAGGCACAAAUUGCCCAACCACCGAGCAGUGUUCGGGACAGUCCAAAUCCCAGGAGCCGAAAAAUGCCUAGAAUGUUGGAUAUGAUUCUGGAAAGUGGAAUGGAACCGGGCCAUUCUGCCUGUCCCAUGUCAGGAUUCCCCCUGCGGGUCGAUCCCAAUGUAAGUGCCAUGACUACGGGAGGCGCACAGCGAGAGGAAAACAUUACGGAAGCUGCCUUCGAGGCCGCUCUUGAUCCCAUUUUCCAAAUUGACGAACACGGCACCAUACAAAUGGUCAAUUCUGCCGCCGUUAGCAUUUUUGGCUGGUCACGACAUGAAUUCCUGGGCUCCAACAUUAGCAUGAUUUGCGGGGGAGGCCAUGAACAGAAUCACCCGACAUACAUGGCACGCUACUUGGCCACGGGCGACACGCGAGUGAUUGGAAAAAAUCGAGAAUUGGUUGCGAAACGAAAAGACAAGAGUGAAUUUCCAAUAUUGCUCGGCGUAGUGGAGGUGGACACUUUUGCCGGUGAUGUUCGCUUGUUUUGUGGAUUUGUCAGAGAUCUGACUGGCAUCAAAGCCAAGGAACGAAUGGCCCAGGAAAUGGUGGAAGCUGCCUUGGAUCCCAUGUUCCAAAUCAAUCAGACCGGCACAAUCUUGAUGGUCAACAAUGCUGCACUCGAGACAUUCGGAUACGAAAGAGAAGAGUUCCUUGGAAAAAAUGUCAAGAUGAUAUGCGGCGGGUCUCAUGCCAACAAUCACGAUCUCUACCUUAAGCGGUACCUGCGAACGGGAGAAACCCGAGUCAUUGGGAAGUUCCGAGAACUGCCCGCAAGGCGAAAGGAUGGAAGCGAAUUUCCCAUUCAAUUGGCUGUCAUUGAAAUCAAAACCGGAGCAAAAGAGGAACGUUUGUUUUGUGGUUUUGUCCACAAUUUGUCACGUGCAAAACGGGAUCAGGAAAUCAUGCGAGGGACAAUUGACACCUCUCUCGAUCCGAUAUUUCACAUCAAUGAAAAUGGAAUCAUUCAGAUGGUCAACAACGCGGCAUGUAGCCACCUAGGGUGGUCCCGAGACGAGAUGAUCGGUGAAAACGUUAGCUUGAUUGUUGGGGGUGAACACGCAGCAAAACACGGUUUAUACAUCGAAAACUACUUGUCCACUGGUAUAAAGCGCGCCAUGGGAAAGAAGCGCAAGCUCACGGCUCGUCGGAAAGAUGGGACGGAGCUCCCCAUUAUUUUGGGCCUCUCCGAAAUUUCCAUCAGCGGCGGAAAAGAGCGGAUGUUUUGUGCAUUUCUUACCCUAGACAAAUAG